CUGGUGUACGGGGCACUAAGACCCUGGAGACCAGGCCAGCAGGAGGAGGCUAUCAUUAGCAGUAUGCUAACAGGCACUGUUGUCACAAGGAUUCAUGAGCCACAUUUACAGCACAGGUUUUAAUACUUUGAUCGAGACUUAGCCAUGUCUCAGGUCGAGAAGAAGGCAGGGCUGCUGAGGAGGACUUCGUCCUCUAAAAAACCCUUGAAGGAGAAGGUGGUUCUGAUGUAUGAUGAGAUUUUUGCGAAAGAAGAUCCGGCCAAAAACAACCCUCGAUUCUGGGAUGAACUGUUUCUCAUGAAGGUGAACCUUGAAUACUUGGAGUCCAAGCUGGAGAGCGUGGAUGGAGAGGAGGUCCAGCGUAUUCAAGACAACAUCAACUCUCUGUUCCACCACUGUGUCCAGGCUCUGGGAGAAGAGCAUCAGAUCAAAGUGGUCAAUGCCCUGCAGACUCUCUGUGCACUUUUCCGAGGGGUGCACCAGAAGAACAAGUCAGCGUCUGGCUUUGAUAUCAUCAACAUGCUCAUGGGGUUUGACAAGGCUGAGCAAAGGAUGAAGGACCUGAUGGAGAGACUGGACAGCCUUCUUUGUGGGGACAGCUCCGAGAGUCUUAAGAGCCUUUGCCUCAAGCUGUUGCUGUGUUUAGUGACGGUGACAGACAAUAUAAGCCAGAACACUAUACUGGAAUAUGUGAUGAUCAAUAGCAUCUUUGAAGCCAUUCUGCAGAUUCUGUCGGAUGUGUCCAGUAGAGGGCAGCAUGGUUACGAUGCUGUCGUACUUCUGGCCCUCUUGGUUAACUACAGAAAAUAUGAGUCUGUGAAUCCCUACAUUGUGAAACUCUCCAUUGUGGAUGACGAGCCAACUCUAGAUGGAAUGGGGAUGGUCGUCCACCAAGCCCUGACAGAAUAUAACAGACAAUACAAAGAUAAAGAGGAGGAGAACCAGGGUGGAUUCUUCUCCACCCUCACUAGUAUGGUGGGAAACAUGUUUAUAGCAGACGCUGAUGAGAAGCUCUCUGUACAGACGAACGAGGCCAUCCUGCUGGCGCUCUACGAGGCCGUGCACCUCAACAGAAACUUCAUCACCGUACUAGCACAGAGCCACCCUGAGAUCGAGAUCGCAGCCACACCGAUCACUCCUACUCCAACAACACCUACAACACCUCUCGGCACAACGCCGCCCUCCUUAGACAUGAUGAACAACCCAGAGCUGCCACUGGAUCCAAACCUGCAGACCAGCAACCUCCUCAUUACAUUCCUGAAGUACGCCUCUAUUGUAAUGCAGGAUACUAAAGACGAGCAUCGACUCAACAGCGCCAGACUGUGCCUCAUCAUUCUCACCUGCAUAGCCGAGGACCAGUACGCUGAUGCCUUUCUUCAUGACGACAAUAUGAACUUCAGAGUCAAUCUCCACAGAAUGCCAAUGAGGCACCGCAAAAAAACUGUGGACAAGAACAUCCCCUCCCGACCGCUGGUGUGUGCUGUUUUGGAUCUGAUGGUGGAGUUUAUCGUCACUCAUAUGAUGAAGGAUUUCCCCAUGGAUCUAUACUUGCGCUGUGUGCAAAUCAUCCACAAACUCCUCUGUUAUCAGAAGAAAUGCAGAAUCAGAUUACACUACACCUGGAGAGAGCUUUGGUCAGCUCUCAUCAACCUGUUGAAGUUCCUGCUGUCGAAUGAGACCACACUGCUGGCCAAGCACAACAUCUUUCACCUGGCUUUACUGGUGGUGAAUCUGUUCAACAUGUUCAUAACAUACGGCGACACGUUCCUGCCCACCUCCAACAGCUACGACGAGCUGUACUACGAGAUUGUGCGAAUGCACCAGGUCUUCGACAACCUCUACUGUAUGGUUCUGAGAGUAUCAACCAACACCGGCCAGUGGAAGGAGGCAGCCAGCAAAGUCACGCAUGCCCUUGUCAAUGUUCGGGCCAUUAUCAACCACUUUAACCCCAAGAUUGAGUCGUACGCUGCUGUGAACCACAUCUCCCAGCUCUCAGAAGAACAGGUGUUGGAGGUGGUACGGUCCAACUAUGACACGCUGACCCUCAAACUGCAGGACGGUCUGGACCAGUUUGAGCGGUACUCGGAGCAGCCCAAAGAGGCUGCUUUCUUCAAGGAGCUGGUCCGCUCCAUCAGUCUGAAUGUGAGGAAGAACGUCUGUCUGAACACGCUGAGCCAGGACAUCCUGCUCAAAGAGUUCUCCACCAUCUCCUGAGAGACACUCAAACUCCCAGCCUUCACCUCCCUUCAGGCGCACACGCACACAUACUACACUAACACCAACCGGGAACCAGUCCUCCAUUGAUUUCCAUAAAUCGUCUCGAAUCCUCUUCCUCUGCCUCUUGAACUGAACGAUAGAAAGGACGGAGAGGGACGACCCUGACGGGCUAGAUGCACCUUAAAGAAAGACCCACACAGACUGUUCAUCCCUCUGUGGUCGUUGGUGUGCGUGUUGAUUUGAAGGAAGGGCCCGUAUUGCACCAGUUCCUCAUGCGCAAUCAGCAGUAUUGGCUGGACUGUUAAGUGACACAUGAAAGUUUUAAGUAUUUCAGUCUUCUUGUGGCCAACUAACCGCAGUACAUGAUUUAUCUCUCUAUUAAUCCUUUCAGCUUUGAGUAUGUCCUUCCUAAUAACGCUGAGCUUUUUUCAGUCCUCUUAAUUAGAGCAUUAACUCUUUGCGCCCUGAUGCUCGUUUUGCGUGAAUGUUGAAUUGAUUUUCUCUGUCUUUGCAACGAAUUACAAGUAUUUUGCAUUUUAGUGUUUGCUAAGGGGUAGAAAAUUUUGAUGCUUUGAAGUGAUAAAAACCCGUUUUUAACCCGAGCCCAUACCAACAGUCACUACUGUGCAUUGUGUAAGUCAUUUCUUCACUGUCACGUUACUCUGAAUGUGUUGAAGUGAGCUGUUAGUUUAGAAGGAAAACUGUUUGGUGGUUCAGUGUUAUGGGUUGUAAAAGUCAUCAUCCUUGCUGGUGUGUCACUGGAACAUGGGAAAACAGUGUAAAGUGUUACUUUUUUCAUUUUGAGUUCAUCCUUGUCAACAUGUCAACAGAUCUGAAUUAUGCAAUUUUUCCAGGUGUGUGUUCUUCUUUCUUUCAUCCCUAAUCCUUGUAGGUAUAUUUAUGUUUCUUUUUUAAAUAAAGAUUGGUUUCCUACUCUA